AUGGGAUCUGGCACGAGUACUCAGGCAGCGCCUGCCGCCGAGUCAGCACCAGCUGCAACAUGUCCAGUGGAUCACAAGACCCGUGAGAUUUGGCUACAGCAACACAAGGCCUCAGGCGGUCCUCCUCAUCCUUUACCUACAGAAGACGGAGAGCCAAAAGCAAAAUUACAACGACCACUGUCGAGCGACCGCGAAGUGAGCAGUAUCCCCAGAGCUUUCGACCAAGACUCGAAACAACCGUCUCCCCAGGCUGCCGCGGAAGCUCCAUCCCCAUAUGCUACACUUGUAUCGCACGGCACGCCCUCAAAUGCGGAAUCUGAAACAGGCCAUGAUGAGACGAGCGGGAAUUGGAUUUACCCUUCUGAGCGCCAAUUCUUCGAAGCAUUGAUGCGUAAAGGCAACACACCGACUUCUAGCACUUCGCCCACUGAACUAGCAACUUCCGUGGCAUCCAUUAUCCCAAUUCAUAAUGCCGUCAACGAGCGUGCCUGGCAACAGAUCCUAGAAUGGGAGAAGCAAGCACCUCGCUCUGAUCCUGGCAGCAAGAAAUGUGGAGGCCCGAAGCUAUAUUCAUUCCGCGGACUGGGCGUUGACCCCCAGUUCCUCAGUCCUCGUGCUCGUAUCAACAACCUAAUGGGCUACCAACUACCGUUCGAUCGCCAUGACUGGGUUGUAGAGAGAUGCGGUGGUGAGAGGGUCGAGUACGUCAUUGAUUUCUAUCAAGGAAAGACGUCUGGAGCCAACGGUGGACCGGCCGGCUUGGCUGCUAAUGCCGGACCCGGCAAAUUGAGCUUCUACUUGGACGUACGGCCGAAGUUGAACACUUUUGAAGGCUGCAGGAUGAGAUUCAGCCGCUUCACAGGCUUGUAA